AUGAAGAUCAACAACGUCAUUGCUAGCUUGUCCCUACUGGGGGCCGCUACGGCGGUGGAGAUGACCCGUUAUGCCGCUGCAUCAGGUGUCGAGCCUGCUUUUGAGAGUUACCUGAAGGAGCUCUACGCCUCGGCCGAGGAUCCCGCGGCCACCACCACCUUUACCGACAUGUUCACCCCCGAUGGCCAACUCAUCGUGCUCGCCAACACUGCCACCGGCGCGGACGCCAUUAUCAAGCUCAAGCAGGCACUCUUGCCUCCUGCGGGCAACAAGCACUGGAACCACAUGCCCAACGUCACCACCGUCGACUCGCAGACCACGAGCCGAAAGACCUACAAGGUCCUCGGUGUCAUCGAGACCCGCUUCGACGGUGGCAACUGCUCCCAGGCCUACUACUCCACCCGCUUCACUGUUACCAAGGAUGCCUCGGGUGCCGCUCAGCUGAAGACCCAUGCUGGCAACUUGGUCACGUACGAUGAUUUUAUCGUCCAGCCCUCUCAGAGCCCCACCAACAUCCCCUGUGGUACCGAUUAGGUAGACCAUGCGUUGAGUCGGAACUUGCCG